AUGACAGGCCAGCAGGUCUGUAUUGGAAGAAGUCUUUCCUCUGAAGGCUACUUGAUGUUGUUGACAUUGAUGGUAGCUAUAGUUUGUCUCUCUCAAAUCUCUUCAGUUUCUGGAAUUACAUUCUACGCCAGUAUCGAUUGUGGUCCUCAUGGAAAUUGUAGUGGCUACGCAUGCCAAUGUGAAAGUGGUUAUAUUGGCCCUCAUUGUGAAUAUCAAUGUAAUGAUACGGAAUGUAAUGGUCAUGGAAAGUGCAACCCAUCUUAUAGUGGUUCAUAUGGUAGUAGUUUUUGUAAUUGUGAUAAGGGUUAUGGUGGCGUGAAUUGUUCACAAAAGUUCGAUUGUUCUUCAUUGAAUAAUUGCUCAGCUCAUGGUUAUUGUUCCUACGACAAUUAUUGUACAUGUGACUAUGAGUGGACUGCUGCCAAUUGUUCCCUUCCAAUCACUUGUAAUAAGGUCAAUAAUUGCUCAGGUCAUGGUUAUUGUUCUGGUUAUCAAGCUUGUAGUUGCUCUCAAGGAUGGACUGGUGCUGAUUGUAAUUCCGUUUACAAUUGUUCACUUCUUAAUAAUUGCAAUGGAAGAGGUAUUUGUUCUGCUGAUAAUUAUUGCUAUUGUAAUUCCCAAAGUGGUUAUUAUGGUGUCGAUUGUACUACACCAUACAAUUGUUCAGCUUUGAAUAAUUGUUCAAGUCAUGGUGUCUGUACAAAUAACGACUAUUGUACUUGUAGUGCUGGUUAUUAUGGAACUAAUUGUUCAUUGAAAUAUGAGUGUGUAUCCAAUGAUGAAUGUGGAUUUCCAAAUGGUAAUUGUAUGAUGGGCUCUUGUUCUUGUGUUUUUGGUUGGGGAGGUGAAAAAUGUCAAAAGAUGAUUUGUCCAAACAAUUGUAAUAAUCAUGGCAAUUGUUCUUCACCUGGUUCCUGUACUUGUGAUAAUGGAUGGCUUGGUUCUGAAUGUUCUUACUCAUGUUCUGGUAUUGGAGGUUGUGGUAUUAAUGGAUAUUGUGCCAAUAAUAAUUCCUGCGUUUGUUAUCCAGGUUGGCAAGGUGUCAAUUGUAAUAUUGCAAAAUCUCCAAAUUGUACUGCUUUUAAUAAUUGUUCAGGAAAUGGUGAUUGCAUAAGUAGUUAUGGAGGAGAUGAUUACUGCUCAUGCUACCAAACUUAUUAUGGAGACAAGUGUGAUCUCAAGUACAAUUGUAGCUCUUUAAAUAAUUGCUCAGGUCAUGGUGUCUGUACAAAUAUCAACUAUUGUACAUGUGAAGCUGGUUUUGGUGGAAAGGACUGUUCUUCAAAGCCAAACUGUACUUCUUUGAAUAACUGCAGUGGUCAUGGCGUGUGUACUUAUGAUGACUAUUGUAUUUGUAAUCUUAAUUAUGGAAAUGCUGAUUGCUCAGUUUACAAUCCUCCAAUUUGUCCAAAUAAUUGCUCUGGUAAUGGUACAUGCAAUCAAUAUAGCUCUUGUGAUUGUAAGGAAGGAUAUUGGGGAUAUGAUUGCACAAUUACUUGUCCAAAAACAAAGAAUUGUAACAGUCAUGGUUUUUGUUAUGCUCAAGACCAAUGCUCUUGUAAUGUUGGUUGGAUGGGAGAAGAUUGCUCAGUUCCAGAACCAAAUUGCAAUGCUGUUAAGAAUUGUUCCUAUCAUGGUGUUUGUAUAGAAAACAAUGUUUGUGCAUGCUAUACUGGUUAUGAUGGUUUAACUUGUGCUGACUAUUCAUGUAGAAACGUUUCAAAUUGUAAUGGGCAUGGCUCAUGCGUUGGGGUUGAUACUUGCCAGUGUAAGAGUGGUUGGAGAGGAAACUCAGAUUGUUCUGCCUUCUCUUGUGAAGCUGUUAAUAAUUGUACUGGAUUGGGAAGCUGCAUUGGUCAAAAUCAAUGUUCAGGAAAUCCAUCAAUCAAGUGUUAUGGAGUUGUUUCAACCAGUGGUUCUGUAUGUAGUGGUAAGGGUACUUGUGUUGGAACUGAUAGUUGUCAAUGUGUUAGUGGAGCUUUUGGAUCUAAUUGUAAUUCAUUUGCUAGAAUUCCAUCUAGCCAAUUGGUUAUUAACUCUGUCAAUUUCGAGUCUGUCAUUUCAAUUCCAGUAACUUUGACUGGUCCAAGUACCUACACAUUCAAAUGGAAACAAGUUGGUGGAUCUCCUUCAUUGCAACUCUCUACAAUUGCUGUGGGAGGUAUUGUCAAUGGACCUGGUUUGUACAUUAACGCAAAUUCUGAAACAUUCAACAAUGGAAUGGUUGCUGGUGAAACUUACACCUUCCAAGUUAAUAUUACUAGAGCUGAUGGAUACUCUACCGUUUUGGAAUCAAGCGUUCAAGUUGGUUUGAGUCCAGUGUUGAAAGCCACAAUAGUCAAUCCAUCUGAUAACUCACAAACUGGUGUUGCUGUUACUACCAAAUUUACUGCUACUAUUCAAGAAUCCUAUGAUCCAAAUGAUUCUGAAGCUACAUUAAUGUACGGAUAUGGUUUCUACACUGAAAGUGGUUUGAAGGUUGUCUCUGUUUAUUCUUCAUCCAAGCAAACUAAUUUAACGCUCCCAUAUCAAACUGGUGGCUCCGUUACUGCCUUUGUAUACGUCAUCAAUGCACAAACUGGUAAUCAAAAGGAACUCAAGUUCUCAAUGAAUGUUUCAAAUCCAACAAGUGGAAAGUCAGCCUCAGAAGUCAAUUCAUUUGUUCAAAAUCUUGUUACUUCAGAUGCUUCGGUUUCUCAAUUGUCCAUAGCUGUUCAAUUGUUGACCACCUCACCAUCCAGUGAUCCAACUGUUGUUCAACAACGUACCGAUAUCAAGCAACAAGUUAUUACAACUCUCGUUUCUAAACCAGUAACAACUAGUGCUGAAAGAGACACUUUGUUGACAGUUCUUGUUUCAACUACUCAAUCAGCCAACGAAGUAUCAACUACAUCAGUUACAAAGACUUUGGAUUUCUUAGUUUCCCAACCAUCAUUGGCUCAAAACUUCAAUCCAUCCCAACUUGGUCAACUUGCCUCUCAAAUUUUGUCAACAGCUGUUUUUAAUUCGACCAGUAUCUCAACUUCCACCACAAGUAAACAAGUUAGAACCAUCAUCGAUGCUGCCAUGACUGCCACAGCCUCAAACUUGGCUGCUGGACAAAGUGCUGUCAAGACAUUUGGUAACAUUGUUGCUGUCGUUUCAAGUAAUACUCUUGAUAAUUUACAACCAACAAUCCCAACUAAUUCAAUUAGCUCAGUGGGUAUUAAAUCAAUUUCUCUCCCAACUGCUAGUUUACAAAGUUUAUUCACCAACUCUGGUCUUCCAUCAAGCACUUUAGUUUCCUUAUCACUUUCAACGGCUCCACUCUCAAUGUACUCCUUCACUCAAACUAAACUAGCCUCAACUCUUGCCAGAAUCGCCUUAAUUAAUUCCAACAGUGCCUCUGCUAUAGCUGUUGCCAAUUUGACAUUACCAAUUGAAUUCAAUCUCCAACUUGGUGGUCCUGUAGAAAAUGGAAAGACACCAAAAUGCAAAUACUUUAACGAAGUUUCUAAUUCCUUCACCACUGAUGGCAUUGAAACUAUUGUCAUCUCUUCAAGUGAAAUCAAGUGUAGAGUUACUCACUUGACUGAUUUUGCAAUUGUUCCAGAAACAAGUGGAACACCAACAAGUUCUGGUUCAGUGGUCAAGCCAAAGGAUACUAUUUCAGAAGGAAGUUCAGUUUCUGCAACUCUUGUUACAUUAUUAGUUGCUAUUUUCUCAAUGUUUUUCAUGUUUUAA